AUGGAGGCACAGGAACUCUGUGGUGGUGGUAUAUCGCACGCGUCACCCCCCGGAGUGGACAACGUGGCCUCCCAGUUCGCGGAAACAGAAGAUAUGCCAGUCACCCCAACGCCAAUCCGUUGGCGAUCCGGAAACAUGAUGCAACCUGAAUUCAAUGAAGGUAGCAUGGAGAGUGCGAGCAUGGAUGAAAAUGAGGGCCAGGAACACUGGCAAACCAGAGGAUCCAGCAGGGCCCCUAGCCGGGCCCCCAGCCGGGCCAGUGAGGCCAGAAGCGGAAUCAGGCAACGAAAGAGUCUACAAAAGACAUUGAUUGGGAGGCCAAAGCAUCAAACCUCUUUACUAGAUGUGAGCAAACACGCCCAGGUGUUGGUGGGUGCUUUGGAAGCAGCCCAGAACCAACAACAAGAAAUGUUUCAAAUGGUCCAGGAACAGGUACAGGCACACCUAGCAGAGAAGCUGUCCAACUGGAGAGCAGAACAGCAGGUUCAUGAAGGACUCUAUCUAGAGCGGGUCACAAAGCUGGAACUGGAAGUUAGCAAGCUUCGCACAGAGCUCACAGAGGCCCAGAACACUAUCCAACGAAUCAAACCAGUGAAGCAAGACACACCAACAACAACCAAUGCCCAAUCCAGCCAAACGAACCAACACAAUAGCGGCAAGGUCCCCAAGAUAAGGGAAGCAACAAGCCAAAAGUCAAGGCAACAACCCACAUUUGCAGACCUAGCUACACUGCUUUCCACUAGACCUGGUGUAACGGGCUAG